AGGGGCGAGGCGCGGCCUCUGUCUCUCCCUCCGUCUUCUUUUUAUUCUUCCUCCUCCUUCUCCUCCUCCUCUUCCUCCUCCGCCGGACCAGGCAGUGUCGCUCGGUGUGUUCCCCCCUGCUCUGCGCCUUUAAGGCGGGCCGGUGCCGCGUCACGUGGGAGGGGAGUGUAAACAGGAAGCGGCCGGACCGGGACGGUGUGGGGGGGGUGCGUUCGGUGGCGGCCGUUGAGCGCCGCGAGCCGCCGCCGCCAUGAGCCGCGAGGCGCCGCCGCCGGGGGAGGAAGAGGCGGCGGGAGGAGGAGGAGGAGGAGCAGGAGGAGAAGGGGAAAGGGAAAGGAGAACUGGAGCCGGGGAAGGCGGCGGCUGCUACCUGGCGCUGUGUGCGAGGCCCGUGCACUUCGAGAAGGCCAACCCCGUCAACUGCGUCUUCUUCGAUGAGGCCAACAAGCAGGUUUUUGCUGUUCGAUCUGGCGGAGCUACAGGAGUUGUCGUUAAAGGUUUGGAGGAUAGAAAUCCCAUUUCAUUCAGGAUGGAAGACAAAGGAGAAGUGAAGUGCAUCAAGUUUUCCUUGGGGAACAAGAUACUGGCUGUGCAGAGAACACUGAAGAGUGUGGAUUUCUUGAAUUUUAUUCCAGAUAGCCCUCAGCUAGAAUACACACAGGAAUGUAAGACAAAGAAUGCCAAUAUUCUAGGAUUCUGCUGGACAAGCUCUACAGAAAUCGUCUUCCUCACAGAUCAAGGAAUUGAAUUCUACCAGGUAUUACCAGAGAAACGAAGUUUAAAACUUCUGAAGAAUCAGAGUAUUAAUGUUAACUGGUACAUGUAUUGUCCAGAGAGCUCUGUUAUUCUUCUGUCCACAACUGUUCUUGGCAAUGUCCUCCAGCCAUUCUAUUUCAAGAGUGGAACGAUGUCAAAACUAUCAAAAUUUGAAAUCGAGUUACCCGCAGCACCCAAGUCCUCCAAGCUCAGCCUUUCUGAAAGAGAUAUUGCUAUGGCUACCAUAUAUGGGCAGCUUUAUGUUCUCUAUCUGAGGCAUCACUUGAGGACUUCCAAUAGUACAGGAGCAGAAGUGGUCCUCUAUCACUUACCCAGAGAGGGAUCUUGUAAGAAGACACAUAUUUUAAAGCUGAACAGAACUGGAAAGUUUGCACUGAAUGUUGUGGAUAACUUAGUGGUAGUACAUCAUCAGGAUACUGAGACUUCAGUUAUAUUUGACAUCAAGCUAAGAGGAGAAUUUGAUGGGUCUACUACCAUACAUCAAUUUGUCCUUCCACCUAGAUCAAUACAACCCUAUCAAAUACCUGUAGCAGGUCCAGCCUCCGUGACAAGUCAGUCUCCUAUUCCAUGUAAACUCUAUUCUUCAUCUUGGAUUGUCUUUCAACCUGAUAUCAUCAUCAGUGCAAGUGAAGGGUACCUCUGGAGUCUUCAAGUGAAACUUGAACCUGUAGUUAACCUCUUGCUAGAUAAAGGAAAACUAAUGGAUUUCCUUCUCCAAAGGAAAGAAUGCAAGAUGGUCAUCCUCUCUGUGUGCUCUCAAAUGCUCAGUGAGCCAGGAAGGGGAUCACUGUCUGUGAUUGCAACUGUUUUUGACAAACUGAAUCAUGAAUAUAAGAAGUACUUGGAAGCUGAGCAAAGCUACACUAUGGUGGUAGAAGCAGGCCUGAGUAGAAGUAACCCACUCCUGAAACGCCCGGUUCGCACUCAAGCGGUUAUUGACCAGUCUGACAUGUACACCCAUGUGUUGUCUGUAUUUACUGAGAAGAAGGAAGCACCUCAUAAGUUCACUAUAGCAGUCUUGAUGGAAUACAUUCGCUCUCUUAACCAGUUCCAAAUUGCAGUUCAGCACUACUUGUAUGAGCUGAUCAUCAAAACCCUUGUUCAACACAACCUGUUCUACAUGCUCCAUCAGUUUCUGCAGUAUCAUGUGCUCAGUGAUUCAAAGCCUUUGGCUUGUCUGUUACUGUCCCUGGAAAGCAUUUACCCUCCUGCACAUCAGCUCUCUCUGGACAUGUUAAAAAGACUUUCCACAGCAAAUGAUGAAAUAGUGGAAGUGCUGUUGUCCAAACACCAAGUUUUGGCUGCCUUGAGAUUCAUCAGGGGUAUCGGAGGACACGACAGCAUUUCAGCCCGCAAGUUCCUUGAUGCAGCAAAGCAAGCAGAUGAUGAGAUGCUUUUCUACACCAUAUUCAGAUUCUUUGAACAAAGAAAUCAGCGGUUACGGGGAAACCCUAGUUUCACACCAGGUGAGCACUGUGAAGAACAUGUCACCUUCUUCAAACAGGUUUUUGGAGAGCAAGCUCUCAUGAAGCCCACAGCAUUCUGAAAGACUCUUCCACUGAAAUGUAUAAACUUAAUUUAUUGCAUUUAAGUAGAUUUUUGAACUACAAAAUUGCUAUUUUAUAAUAAAGUAUAUACAAGACAUUUUGGCAAAUAGUA